AUGCGACCGAGUCGAGGGAUUGCUCGAAGCUCAAAAGUUUCUGGGGAAUCCAAGAUCGAAUACCUGGGCCAUAAGGUCUCACACAAUGGACUGGAGGCGAAUCCUAAAGAUCUGUCGUCAUUGACGGAUCUAGCAUUUCUUGGAUCACUUCGAGCUAUGUAUCUGAACUACUAUAUUCGAUUUAUCGAAGACUACGCGAUCUACGCGUCGGUCCUGUAUGAAUUGCGAGAAAUCGACUUUGCCACGAUGGCGAAAGAGGCGACCCAAAGGCGGAUCCAACAAGUACUGGAAGCAGAAGGCGCAGAUCCAGGGUCCCAGGAAGAUUUGAGCGACGACCACCGAAGGACCUUGGAUCUGGAGGCGUCUGAUCCUACCGAGGUGGAUCCGCGUUGGAUCCACGCCCAUCGGUCUUUCAGCGUGCUUAAAACCACGAUUGCUACAACUCCGACUGUAGUGGGCCUAGUGCUCACUACCUAG